CUUCAACCCAAGAAGAUGUCGGAUGGGACAUGUCUGCGCAGAAGAAAAGUUGCACAUGAAAUAGAACCCAAAACUGAUCUUACUCGCUGGCGAUUCAGCUCCGUGGAAGGGCGGCAUAAAUGGUACUACGUGGCAGACAAUGAAGAAUGUGCCCGCGAACAGAAUGCACUAGAGGCUUACACUCUAGGGCUGGACACUAGCAAGUUCUUUCCAGACUUGCCCAAAGCCAACACGGCUCAGGAAGCACUCCAGAAAGCAAUUAAAUUCUUCUCUGGUCUGCAAACAGAAGAUGGCCACUGGGCCAUGGAGUGCUCUGGUGUCCUCACCCUUGUGCCAGGUCUUUUGAUGGCAUGCUAUAUUGCCAGGAUAUCAUUGCCAGAAGAGGUCAAGAAAGAGCUCCUGCGCUACAUCCUCUCAAAACAGCUUCCAGAUGGUGGCUGGGGCCUCCAUCUCAAAGAACAGUCAACAGUAUGUGGCACAACCUUCAACUAUAUAGCUAUGCGAAUACUUGGACUUGGGCCUGACCAUCCAGAUGUAGUGAGGGCUCGGAUAAACCUCCAUAAGAAAGGUGGCUCUCUUGGAAUCCCUCAUCUGGGCAAAGUUUGGCUGGCCAAUAUGAAUUUGUACAGUUGGGAGGGAAUGAAUUCACCAUUUCCCGAGUUGUGGCUGUUCCCUACAUGGAUGCCAGGACAUCCAUCCACAUAUUGGUGUCACGCUCGCCAUAUCAGCCUUGUGAUGAGCUACUGCUAUGCCACUCGCCUGACUGUAGAAGAAGAUGAAUUGAUCCAGAGUCUAAGACAGGAGAUUUAUGUGGAGGACUUCUCCACCAUUGAUUGGCCAGCCCAGAGGAACAAUAUUUACGAAGCCGAUUUGCAAGCUGCACACAGCUGGAUGUUGAACGCUGCUUAUGCUACCUUAAAUUUGUAUGAGAGAUACCAUUUCACCAGUUUCAGAAAGAAAGCCAUUGCAGAAAUGUAUGAGCAAAUCAAGGCUGAUGACAUAUUCUCAAACUACACCAAUUCUAGUCCGAUUUGUAAAGCAUUUCAUGUGCUAAUACGCUGGUAUGCAGAAGGAGCCAAUUCUCCAGCUCUUCAAGAACAUAUCUCCAGAAUCUACGAUUACCUUUGGAUUGGACAAGAUGGUAUACUAAUGAAGGGUGUCAUGGGAUCACAGACCUGGGAUACAUCAUUUACCAUUCAAGGCUUCUUGGAGGCUGGGAUUCAGAACAAUCCUGACUAUGCAUCCUGUCUGAAAAAAGCCCAUGGAUUCUUGAAAGCCUCUCAGAUUGUAGAUAACCCACCUAACUACCAGAGAUAUUAUCGCCAGAUGAACAAGGGUGGAUUCCCCUUCAGCAAUCGAGAGAAUGACUGGAUAGUCGUUGACUGUACUGCUGAGGCCAUGAGGACACUAAUGCUGCUGGAGGAAAAAUGCCCCUUCAUAGAAGAUCAUGUGGCACCUCAGCGCCUCUUUGAUGCUGUCAAUGUGAUUCUGAACAUGAGAAAUUCCGAUGGUGGUUUUUCUUCUUAUGAAACCAGAAGAGGAAGUAGGCUACUGGAGAUAGUGAACCCCUCAGAGACAUAUGCUGACUGUAUGGUCGACCACACCUAUAUAGAAUGUACUUCAUCAGUAAUGCAGGGAUUGAAACAUUUUGAGAAAGGAUUCCCAAAUCAUCGGGAAGAUGAAAUAAGUGAUACUCUAAGUAAGGCUUUGCAGUUUUGUCGUAACAUGCAGAAAGCUGAUGGAUCCUGGUUAGGGCGAUGGGGCGUAUGCUUCACAUAUGGCACCUGGUUUGGACUAGAGGCAUUUGCAUGUAUGGGAUACAUCUACCGUGGUGGGGAGGCAUGCAAGGAAGUGACCAAAGCCUGUGAAUUCUUAGUCUCCAAGCAAAUGGAAGACGGUGGCUGGGGAGAGGAAUUUGAAUCCUACAGGUUUCGCAAAUAUAUUCAGCACACCGUAUCCCAGAUCCACCAAACCUCUUGGGCUCUGUUGGGGCUGAUGGCUGUCAGAUAUCCUGAUAUUCGGGUUCUGGAAAGAGGAAUACAAGUUUUGAUUGACAAACAGACAUCGAUUGGGGAGUGGCCUCAGGGUGACAUCGCUACAGCAUUCUACAAAUCUGGUACUCUGCAUUACAAUGCCUACCGAAUCAUCUUCCCUAUCUUUGCACUUGCCCGCUUUACCCGGCUGUAUCCCAGCAGCCCUGUCGCUAAACAACUCCUGAAGAAUGGAUCUGUGCAUUUGGAGCAGAGUCAGAAUGGAGGGUGCUGAGCAGAGGUGCACUGUCAUUCCUGAGAGCUUGGCUUUCAUCCUUCUCAACAUCACCCAGUGCUUUUGAAAGAUAGUUGGAGGUUCCAAAACGAAACGGGAAGGGAAUAUACUUAUUUCUCACACGCAAAGAAAAUGGCAAGCAGAAUAGACUCAAUUUGGCUAUCGAAAGAAUUAUUGAAUAGAAUCAAGGAGAUAAAAAUAGAUCCAAGAACUAUCUCGGACCACAACCCAAUCUUACUUCAAUUAAAACCAGAAUGGAUAUCAGGAAUAAGGAGGUGGAAACUAAAUGAAGCUCUAAUAUAUGAUGAAAUUUUUUUGGAAGGGGCGAAAAAAGAAUUAGUGGAAUUCUUUAAGCUAAAUAAUGAUAAAGAAACCGAUCAAGCAAUAGUUUGGGAUGCAGGAAAAGCAUUUAUCAGAGGUUAUUUUAUAAAACAAAAUAUUAGG